AUGCCUAACACCUCCUUUGCUGCUCUUUUCCAAUUUGCACACAUCACACUUGCUCAGGCUCAUGUCCUACCACCUACACCUCCCCCCUCUGAAAAUUCCAGCGCUGCCAGCAGCGUCAUCUUCCAAACCUUUAGCCACUCUUCUAAUGACGACAGUGAUAACAACACCCAAAUUGAAGUCAGCAGCGUGCGUAUCGAUUAUGAAGAGUUGGAGCGCCAAGCAACUUUCAUUCAAUUUGAAAUAUCUCAACUGGCCUGCAAUUUCAAAUGGGUAUCCCCAUAUACCUUCACCUCAACAGACUUCGACAUUAUCCUACACCUCAAGAUUCUGUAUGUCAAUCAUUUGGAUAUCCACCACUCAGAAGAACCUGGACGCUAUUAUGGCACUGCUGGCACCUACAACCUUAAUACAAGCAGCUUCCAUCAGAAGGAGAAGCCCAUUAUUUGCCGAGGGACACCAUUGGAGUUUAUGAAUGGAGAAUACGCUGCUAUUGAGGCAGUUGCAUUCUUGCUGGAUGGAACAGGCUAUUUCAAAUGCCAAAGUGAUACUUGGCCACCAAUUGUCAUCGAAGUUGCAGUGGCAUUUGUCGAUCCAAAGUUUGUUCCUAUUAAACUUCCUGUUUCAAUUUGUCACACUAUUUCCACCUUCCGCUAUGCUACUCACUGUCUCAUCUGUGCCUAA